AAGCUGGACAGGAGCCGAGGGCGGAAGUGGCGCUGUCUGAGAUUUGGAGUCGGGGGGUAGAACGGGCGGGAGCAGCGGCCCCGCAGGCGGGAGCGGUUUGAGACCUGUUUUCCUCCCCGGCAGUCCUAUCUCUGCCCCUGCGGUCAGCAUACCUGCCCUUGUGACGGGCCAUGGCGGGCCGUGGUGGAACUGCGCGGUCAAAUGGGCCAGCUGCCGGAAACAAGAUCUGUCAGUUCAAGCUGGUUCUGCUGGGAGAGUCGGCCGUUGGGAAAUCCAGCCUUGUCUUACGGUUCGUGAAAGGCCAGUUCCAUGAGUACCAGGAGAGUACAAUUGGAGCUGCUUUCCUCACACAGACCAUUUGCCUAGAUGACACAACAGUCAAGUUUGAGAUCUGGGAUACGGCCGGGCAAGAGCGCUACCACAGUCUGGCGCCCAUGUAUUACCGAGGGGCACAAGCGGCCAUCGUUGUCUACGACAUCACAAAUAUGGACACCUUUGUGCGAGCCAAGAACUGGGUGAAGGAAUUGCAGCGGCAAGCCAGCUCCAAUAUAGUCAUCGCCCUGGCAGGGAACAAGGCUGAUUUGGCCAGCAAGCGAGCCGUUGACUUCCAGGAAGCCGCGGCGUAUGCAGACGACAACAGCUUGCUGUUCAUGGAGACCUCUGCAAAGACUGCAAUGAAUGUGAACGAAACCUUCAUGGCAAUAGCCAAGAAGCUCCCCAAAAAUGAACCGCAGACUGCAGCUGGGACAGCGGGCAGGAAUCGGGGUGUUGACCUCCAGGAGAGCAGCCAGCCCAGCAGGGGGCAGUGUUGUAGCAACUAAGGGAUCGCCUCCUGCUCUUCUUGGAUCGCCCCUGACUGGAAUGCGCCUGAACCGGAUUGCGCUUACAGAAGAACAGCUGCCAGGAUCCUUCUUUUUCCCCCUCCCCCGACCCACCCUUCUUUUCUGCUGCUGUGAUAUUUUCUUCUUUAUUCUUCUCUGUCCGUCGAAUGGAGGAAGCAAAGAAAACCUGCUCGAUCCUCCUCUGUACAAAUAAUGAUUUCUUUCUUCUUUUUUUUAAGUCUGACACAGCGCAACCCAGUGCAGGAUCACUCUAUUCAAAGCCCAUUGAUUCACUGGGGCUUAAACUGGAGUAAUCUUGCAUAUAACCACUCCACUGUCCGUGGCCUUUUUAAAAGAAAAAGAAAGAUGAGCGAUUUGCUCCUUAUGGGCAGGUGUGUCUUUCCAGAGCUCUGGUCCCACUUUCCUUUUUCUCUGCCUUCUUAAUUUCCCAGAACUAGGUUUUAGUCUUGAUAUCUGCUCACAGCUGCUUGGAGGUGGGGAAACGGCAGUCUUUCCCUUGGACAAGAGGUGUGACUCUCGAGGCGCGUCUGCACGCCGAUUCUAAGCCGCUUGAGUCGGCAGGGCUUGCCGUCAAAGAGCCUUAGACGGGAGGCCGGUUUAAAUACAAUGCAGACGUGUCCUUGGGAAAGCAAGGCGUGGGACUGGCUGAUAACCACUAAAACAGAACGUAUGACGUUGAACGGUGAGAGUGAGACACAAGACACCUCUGGCCUUUAAAGACUCGUUUUGACCAAAUCACAAUUAUGCAUAUGGGGAGUGGGGAGGGAGCUGAUUUCUUCUGUAUUUUGUAUUCAGUUUUUUUUUCAACGUGUAACCAAUCAGUAUCUCUCUUCGAUUACAUAUACCAACUAGCCUUGCAUCUGCCUCAGUUUGCAUCGGGCUUUGGGACGCCGACUUGGCAUUAAUUCUUUUUUCCCUUCCAUUUUUGGAUGUAAUGCACUAAUUCAACCUAUCAGGAAAAAAAUGGUAUAAAAUCACUUAAAAAACAAACAAACCAGUGGUGUGAUGCCAUUGUUAAUAAUCCUAUAAUAUAAUGUGUGUUGGGUGUAUAGAUGCCGUCGAUGGGGAGGAUAAAUCAUUCUUGUACACGCAAGAUGGGGGUGUUGUUCUGUAUUCCUAUAGAAGACUGAUAAUUUCACUAAAAUAGAAUCGCAUAAGGGAAGCCACAAAGUUUGAUACAGUGCCCGAGGCAAUUUUGUCUUAUCCAUAUUGGUAUUUAAGAGAAAAGGAGUCUACUUAAGUCUUUUCAAUGCAAA